AUGGAAUAUACAGAUCGCAUUUUCAACUAUGUAGAAAAACAUCAUCCAAAAAUUUGGAAUGAUAUUAAUUUAAUAGUUCGUCCUCACAAAAUUUCUUCAGUAAAGAAAAUAUUUCAUAAACAUUUGCAGUCGGUAGAUAACAUCAAUAUCUUCAACGAAAACAUUAAAAAUAUACCAUUGUUUUUACUCGAAUUUUGCAAAGCUAUGGAAAGGAAUUUUCUAAGUCCAGGGGAAUCUUAUGGUAUCCUCUUAACAUGUCGCUGUACCAAUAAAUAUACUCAGAAUACACUUGAUAAACGUCACUUAAGAGAGAGUAGUUCAUGUUUCGAUAAUAUAAUACACUCUAUUAGCAAGGACCUUGAUUUUGAAUUAAACAUUUAUACUUCAUUAAAACAAAUUUUUGAAAUUACUAAUAAACAUAAAUUGACUACAAUUUUUGUGAAAAACUACAGAAUUGAAGAAUUGUUAAAUUUGAAUAAGUUUGAGACUUGUUAUCUUACUACUAAUAAUAAAGCGUCAAAUUUAACUAAAGAUAAUGUUUGCAUCAAUUUUAAAAAGUAUAUAAUUACUGAGAGUUUUGUACCAAAGUAUUUAAAAAUUCUACAGAAACGAGAAGAUAGGUAUUAUAUUUUUCGAAACAUCAAUCAAAGUAAUAUUAUUGCAUUUACAGAUUUAAAGUACAUUUAUGAAAAAUGUGGUUUAGUAUGUUACAUUUUUAAUUUAAUAAACGUUAUACGGUUGCAAUUUUUUAAAACUGAUAAUUUAGAAAGUAAACAUGAAAAGGAUAUAAUCAAUAUUUUAAGAUAUCAAUGUUACUCAGGAGAGCUCCUAUCAUUAAACCGAUUUGGAUUAAUGAAAAAUAAAAAUAGAUCGGCACUAGAUAAAAUUGGUUUCGAAGCAAUCAAACAAAACUAUGUAAAUGAAUCUAUCAAAGGUUGCAUAUAUCCAGUAAAAACAUCAAUUGACAAAAUAUUUUUUGGGCAGCAGUUUAAUUUAGGAAGCGGAUAUAAUUUUUCAGUACUACCAAAAAAAUAA